AUGCAUAAGGAGGACCGAAUAGUCAUCGUCGGAGCGGGCAUUUUCGGCCUGUCCACGGCGCACAAGCUGGCACAAGAAGGAUAUCAAAACAUCCUCGUCCUCGACAGGCAUCUGCCUCCGACGCCUGAUGCGUCUAGUUCCGACAUCUCGCGCGUUGUUCGUUUUGACUACGCCGACGAGGACUACUUAAGCCUCGCCUACGAAGCGUAUCAACGCUGGCAGUUGCCGCGGUACAAGGGCAUCUUUUACCCUGCUCCUUACAUUCUCGUCGGCAGCGGGACACCGUCGCAUGACUCCUGGAUCAGCAGGACCACGGCGGCUCUGUCUCGAAAAGGACUUCCUUGGGCGAAGCUCGACAAUGCCGCCGACGCGAAACACUGUUACCCAAUCUUGAGCGGGCCUCUCGCCUCUCCUGGGUUUUUCGGCUAUCACAACGUCCAGGCCGGCUGGGCAGAUGCCAACAAAGCCGUCAUGCAACUCCGGGAUGACUGCCUCGAGCUGGGCAUCUCCUUCAUUUCUGGUCGAGCGGGAACGGUCGUCGGGUUCAACACCGACGCUCGUUCUUGUAUUCGGAGUGUUCGGACACUGGCCAACACGACGGUCGAAGGGGAUCAUUUUGUUCUUGCCACGGGCGCCUGGAGCUCGGGGCUGGUGCCCAUGUACAAUUCGACGCUGUCGACGGCGCAAGUGUUGGGCUAUGUCCGACUGACCGAGUCAGAGAUGGAGAAAUACAAAACCCUCCCCAUUUACGCCAACUUCUCGACAGGCUGGUUCAAUUUUCCUCCGCACAGGGACACCAAAAUGCUCAAGAUGGCGGUGCACGGAUGGGGGUACACGCGGACGCCCAGUGAAUCAGAGCGCGCCGUCAUGUGUAACACCAAGUCUUCGCCACCUCUUGUUCCGCCGAGACAGCGUCACAACUUCGCUCCGCCCGACGGCGAGCAGCGUCUCCGGCAAGGUCUUCGAGAAACGCUGCCAGAGCUCGCCGAUCGGCCGUUCGAGCGGGUGGCCAUGUGCUGGUACACCGACACUCCCACGGGCGACUUCGUCAUGGACUUCGACCCUGACUACAAGAACCUAUUUGUUGGCGGUGGUGGCAGUGGCCACGCAUUCAAGUUCCUGCCAGUGCUCGGGGAGUAUAUGUGUCUCGCCUUGAAGAAACGUCUGCCGCCGGCGUUGGCGACGAAGUGGCGGUUCAGAACGGAGUACGAGGGUCGAAAAGAUACAUUUCUAGGUGACGGGAGCCGUGGCGGUCCUGAAAGACGAGAAUUGGACUCGCAUGAGCGGGCCAAGCUACCAGAGCCUCCUCCACAGGUGCUGGACUAUCUCGUUGACAUAUACCGCAAGAAAAUACAUCUCCAACCGCUACCUCUGUUGAGCCCCGAGGACUUGCGGACCAUCAUUGACAACUCGCCUCAAUAUCUUCGCUGGAGUUUCUUGGCACUUACAGUGUCCUUUUCGAACCAUGACUUUUACAAAGGUAAAAGCUCGGAGGCAAUCAAGUUGUACUCGCGUUCGGCCGCAGACACGGUUAUGAAGUUAGCUGCUGGCGGUAAUUCGAGGGUGGACGUACUACAGUCACUGUGUCUACUGGCCUUUAAGGAUAUCAAAGCACACAAACUCACUCGAGCGUGGAUGACCAUCGGAACCACCUCUCGGCUUGCAAGUCUACGGCAAAGUGCCCCGGACCCAGGCUCAGACGAAGGUGACCAACAAGAUGCUGCGUUAAAGUGCUUCUGGAGCAUCUUCAUACUUGAAAAGACGUUUCCCGCGUGCAUAUCGAGGCUGCCCUCGAUCAGCGUGGCAACCCUCAACUACCCUCCAAGUGCACCCCUGCCAACGCCCCAUCCUACGACCAGAAACGAAAGCCAGCCUCCAUAUUUUAGCUCCGAAGAAACCAUCAAGGACCUCGGCAUCAAUGCGUACUGGCUUGACAAGAUUUCCCUCUGGGGAGACGUCGCAGUUUACUUGCACGAAGUACGUGCAGGAAAGGUAGAAACGCCGUGGUCGUCUCAAUCGACGUACGCAAGACUGAUUAUGAAAAUGCACGAAUGCGAGGCCAAGCUGCCGCAGCAACACCUCCUCAGAAACGUAUCGCUGUCAAGACGAUCGCACUCUGAAAUUGCCGAGCAGGACGGCUACUGGCGGCCCUGGGCAGCCAUGGAGAUCAUCUCUCACGCAGCCCCGGCAAUUCUAAACCAUCCAUUCCUCCACAUAGUUGCCAUGCGCAGCAACCAAGGCGUCCCGCAAUCGCGCUUGUUCCUACAACAGACGGUGGACCAGGCUCUUUUCCAUGCCGGCUGGGUGUUUCGCCUCAUUCACAUCUGCGAAGACCUGGAGCAGCAUGACCCGCUGAUCGGACACCUGGUCGCAGCCACCGCCACAAUUCCUUUAUUCUUUCAGUUUGCGAAGGACCAAAAGGUCGCCCAGAAAGCCAAACAGGAUCUGGCGAAGGGCGACGAAUACCUCAGUCGUAUGGCGGGCGAAUGGCCGCACAUCGCGCAAAAGCUCGAGAUCUUGCGCAAUAUGCAAUCCAUUGCAAAACGGGCGCCCGAAACUACAGACGGAAGCACCAUAGUAACCUUCCCGCCCUUGAUGCUCUGGGAGCUUCUUGAUCCGCAGCUGUUGCUUGUCACACAGGAUGCGUCCACGAGUCCACAGCUGAUCUCUCAAGGCGGUGGUCUCGGAGACGCGAGCAUCGGCAUCACCACGCAUUUCACGCAUCCACUGGUGGAGGAGGAAGACCAAGGGGAGUGGCCGGAAUCGGCGGAAAAUCUUCCCAUGUCCUUCAACGCGUUCUCGCCACGGUUUCAGGAAUUCGAGCACAUGCCGAUUGACGACUUCUUUCCCCAUGUGACGCCCGAUGAGCUGGACUGGUUCCGACCAGCCUGA